GCGUCAACUUGUAUGUAAAAUAACCCAGUUGCUUUGAUAGAUAGACUGCUGAAUACACGGAUGCCUUAACAUUUGUAAAAUAAAUAGUUUCAAUAAACAUUUUAAAAGUAACGCAUUUUUUGUAUAAAAUGAAGCCAUCAGUUGCUAUAACAUUCACAAUAAUAUUGGUUCUGGGCUGCCAAUUGUUUGAAUGUGUACCUCUAAAUAAUCGUGGAAAUCAGAUGCGAUCGACCACCAGACUCCCUACUACAACCAUAAAACCAACUCCUACACAGUCAAGAGAAUCACGUACGAAUUGCAUUGCGAAUGUGGAAAGAGAUUCAAGCGAUCCACGACAAGCGAUUGGAAAGCAUCCAGUGUCUCGUUUAUUCGAAAUUCAGGCAAAAAAUCAUCAAGUAGCACCAGUAUUCAAAGACAUAGCUCAAAGAGGUGAACAGAACAAAGUCGAAUUUCACAUACAAGUGAGUGUGAAUAAUAAAAGUGCGUCAGCAUGGGGCCACACAAAGAAAGAUGCAAGACGUCGGGCAGCCAUUGAACUAUUAACACAAAUGGGUCUACAAGUCGAGGCUGAUGCCUCAAAUACACUUAACAAUUGCUAAUGGCAAAAAUGCUUACUCAAAAAAAGGAGACCCAUCGAUUAAUGAGUUUUCAAUCCAUUUUUGUAUUUAUGAAAAUCAAUUGAAUAAUAAACAACACUUAAAAUAACAUAUUAUUAUCGCAAA